UAACGCACUAUGACGAGGCUGCUUUUAGCAGCUGUGAGAGUCUGUUGUGCAGCCGCUCGACACACUCGAAAACCGGGUCCUCGCUUUUUUUCAGAAUCCUUGUCAGCACCGCCUGAAACGUGACGUAACCUCAUACCAACUUGUUCCGACAGCUACCAGUCUGAAAGCUACCUUAAUCUUUGCGAGGAUAUCGAUGAAACUCUUGACUGAAGCCCAAGACUCCGAACCCAGGCCAUUGUUUCGUAAGAGCGCUAGUUUCCCGUGCGUGUAGAAAUCAAGAAUCCAGCUGUUCAAAAGGACUUCAUUCCGGGCAGCCGCUUCGUAGUCAUGUGAGAGAACAGCGUCAUCUUCAGCCAGCCCCUUCUCCGUCCCAAGGGGUAGUCGUAAGUGUGGUAUCAUGAGGAUAUCGAUGAACACAUCGCUCCUAGUCGAACAAAUGAUGUCUUGAAUGCCCAGGAAAGCAUCGCCAACGCCAGUGACAGCCAUAAAUGGUGAUCGGGCACUGUACUUGAUGACCUGUGAGAGACAGCAAAAUCAACUCGUCGACUGGUCGGCUCCCUGUUUUCUCAUCAUCUGAACAGGUGUCGAGCUCGCCUGGUUUCCGAAGCACGUCGAGAAGCGCGACGAAACAUGCUGGGAGUCUGUUUCGUUUCCCAUUUGCUUCGUGGAUAAAGGGAGUCGGAAGUCUUCGGGCCUGAAACUUCGCGUUGCACUGCUUGAGUGGAUGCAGUUUUCGACUGUGGAGAAGACCUGCAUGCCCGUGGUCGGUCCAUUGUCGUUUCUUUCUUGUUGUUCUUGUUCGAAUUUCUAUACCUCGUCAUUCAGUGCGGAUAUUUCGCUCAGAACAGGGUGUGGGACAGGCGGGAGGAAGGGACUCUUCGCACUGAACAUUUCCGACCUUCUCCGUGCUUCUGGUGCCGUGUUGGCAUGGUAUCUUGCCUAUACAACAAACAAGGACACAUUCCACACUCUUGUGACAUAUCCCUCACUUACACUAGGAAGGAGCGUGCGUCUUUGGAAAAGAAGGGCAAGAACGAGCAACAGGGUACGGUCUUGCUCCUCCUCGAUAGCGGGUGUGCUCUCUACUCGCUUCAAAAGCUGAUGCAGUCGGCCUGAGGGAACCACGAACAAGUAAGCAAAGAGGGGCAUCAGUCCGGCUUGGUCAAGGAACCUGAGAGGAGUAAUCGGUUGAGAAAAAGGUUGCCGGGUUCUGUUUCGAAGAUGUACGUCAUGAGAGCUACAUUCAAAGAAGGGAAAACGCAAGACGCAAAAUAAGCUUCCAUUCUGGCACAGCCACCUACUCGCAAGUCCGAUAGAGUCGCCCCCUUCGUUGACGAGAAAGCUCCUUCGAAGAAGCUCCAUAUGGAAUCUGAGACGACAAACACGCGCCACAUCCAGAUGCCGUCGGAUUGAGUGAAGUACCUGAAGUGGUAUCGGACGAGACUGCGGAUUCGAUCCUGCCACUCAGUAACCGCACAGCUUCUCUCCUCUUUUUUGGUCAAUAGAUGGUGCGCUUCCGCUUCAUUGUUGCAGAUAGAGAAUAAGGGUUCCGUAAACAUCCUGACCAGACCGUCGUCGACGCUGCGCAAGUAGUCGGGAAGGGUCUUUGGCUUUUCAACAAGAGUACGGAAAUAUCCCGAGUCGUCCUUCAGGAAAUCAAAAUCGCCCGAAUCCUUCAGUCUGAGCACUUCAUGCAGCUGCAAGACUCGCAAGACUACACGAAAGCACACAGGAAAGUGAUGCACAAGUCACGCGGAAGCAGUCAGUGCACUGGGUGUGCACCUUGAGACGGGCUUGCCGGGAAGGCACCACUCAGCGUGGACAGGGUGGAGGACAUAAGUCGUUUCAUCUGACGAGACACAAGAUUCAGUGAACAUCAAGUAGCAAUAACAUACACGGCACAACGUACCUUCGAGAAAGGAAAAUCGAGAAAUAUCACGUGACCGAGUGCAUCAAAGCCUCGACGACCUGCUCUCCCGCUCAUCUUGUUUACAAAAACAAUAAUGGACAAGACCACUGUCAAGUAGCGGAUACCCUUCUUAGGAGCCUCUCACCUGGCGGAACAUUAAUGGUGUCAGCUCAAGAGAAUCACCAGAGAACGCCACACUUCGAGCCGGCCUGCGGUCACGCGAACACGGACAGUGGCAACACUGUUGAUACGUGCUGUUUUUCUUCAUCUCUUUCCUACAUGUUGAUCCCGAGUGCCAGGCUUCCAGUUGCGAUUACAACACGAAGGUAGCCCAUCCGAAAGAGAACCUCCACAGCCUGUUUGUAUUUCUUGUUCAAACCCUCGUGAUGCGCCCCGAUUCCACGUCGAAGACCCUCUACGAAGAACGAGGGGACGCUGCUCAUAGCGACGCGCUGAAUCUGUUCCUCAAUGUCUUCAUUCCGCAUGCCAAGGACCUUCCUGGAAUCAAGGCAUCUCUUGCGGCCUCCACGUCUAUCGACCCGGUAUUUUGUUUCAUUACCUGUUGGCGAGGCUGAACUCCUCGUCGAACUCUUCUGCGACAUCCUUUGGUGGCCCAAGGCCCGCUCCCAAUGUCUCGUCGUAUUCACCCUCCAAGCCCUGUUCGAGGCGCUGUUUUCGACCGACAUUCUUCAUCUUUUCGUUCAUUUCAAGUUGCUUGAGUUGGCUCUGGCACGCGCAAGCACACACACAUCCAACUGGGAUGGAUAGUUUUGCCCCUUCGUCUUCACCUCGUAUUUGUCACGUCUUCGCUUGUUUUCCAUUUUUGUCAUUUUGGUCCUUUCUUCGUCUCCAUAGAACUUGUCGUGUUGCUGUUUGUGCAGAAAUGUCACAAGCUUGGCAACCAUCGCAUGGAUCUCGGUCCUGGAGAAGUUGAAGAUGAGCACCGGGAGCAAAUCAAACCCCUCCAGAGAACGAACGACACCGAGAAGUUUCUAGAAAUUCACAGGGCAUGAGAGAGACGGGCAUGAGAGAGACAGCCUUCUCCGUCCUUCAUCAAAACUGUCUAACCUGAGGGUCAAGGUAUGUCUUUCGCCUCUCAACGGACCUCAAGAUGUUAGGGAGCCGAGUAAGAGUGAUAUUGGUUGAGGCAUCAUCGAUGUUUGGGCCAACGAGCCCGUUGUGGUGCACUGCAGGCGAGGCCUACGAAAAGCAGGAAAUGGCGAUGAGGUGUUUUUCCAGCCGCGUACCACUUUUGGUGCGUCACGCUCUUCUUCCUCAUCCUCUUCCUCCGAUUCAUACUCCUCUAGACUCAGACGAAUCAGUAACACGAAUCACAAUGUCCGCUGUUUGUCCAGCAGUUUUCUUACCAUCUUCCUCGUUUGACUGAUGAGCGUCUGGAGUAACACAUGGGAACAUGUAGUUUGAAUAGCAAUUCCCUGAUUCUGAUACCUGCGGUGUCGUCAUCUUCAUUCGUGAUCGCAGUUGUGCCGAAGCGGCAGGGCGCUGGGUCCAUCAGGCGGCAGACGAUGCCGUUGAAGACCUCUUCGCUAAUAACGUUGUCCCGAAUCAAGCGGACGAAUUCGCGCUUUAGGCUGCUCAUCCACCACCUGUAAAGACAACGUCCACAGCUGCGAAGGCAGAGGAAAGAAACCCAUCGCCUCUGGUUGCAGCUGACCGAAAUUGACGUUUUGUUACGGCACGAGUGCUUUUGAAGAAGAAAUUUGGUUCGAGCCACCAAAGGCCCGAGGCAGGUGCAGUUUUCUCGAGUGCGCCGUGCAGCAACUUGAAGAACAUGAGCGCUUCUGGCGGCGACAGGUAGAAGUCUUGCGGGAGCCCUUCAGUCAAGACCUGCCAAACAUCCAUGGGCACUUCCUCGAUAGACGUUAUAGUUUCUCCCAUUCAGUACCUUUCCCCCAUUCAGUACCUGGCGGAAGUGAAGGCAUGCAAUCGGGUUCAGCGGAUACAAAUUGCCGUCGAAAUAAACAUACUUAAGCAGGUCGGAGUAGCUGAAAAAAAAAGAGUUCGCGCGCCCGCAACAAGCAGGUCGUACGUAGCCUACCUACCGUUCGUGAUGAACAAUCAUGCUGACGGGGGCUGCAGUGUGCGCGCGGGUCAACCACUCGUAAAAGGCCGUAGGAUUGCCAACAGUAGCAGAAAGGGCAAGGAAAGGACAUGGAAUCAAUUGCAGCAAGUGUUCCCAGGAGCUUCCUCCUUGUUCCUGUGAAUAGAAAUGAAGUACGCGACCUGUAGUGGACACGACGAAAGCGGCUGACCUGGUUUCCGAUGCAAUGCACUUCGUCAAAGAUCACGUAUCUCAAUCUGUUGAUCCAUUUCCGCUCCUCCGGCGACAUCAAUAUCAGUUCUAGAACUGAAGGCACAGUUACAAGCACCUGGCAGUCCAGCGGCCGAUUGUGGUACUCCUCUGUCCAGGUGCCAGAAAGCACCGUCUUCGAGAAAGCCGGAUACUGCUUAGAGGAGAACCUCGCAUAGAUCUCUGCAUCCACUUGAUUCACGAGGGCUUUUGAAGGUGCAACAUAUGCGAUGACGGACUCGCUGUCGGCUCGCAGGACUGGGAACAAAGUGGAAAAGAAAUCCCGGUUGAGCACGUGCCUCCUUCCGUCGUAUUCACUGCAGUCACGCACCUUUCUCCAUCGCGUAGUAGCAAAUGAAGGUCUUGCCCGAUGCAGUUGGUGCGCAAACGAGUGCGGAUUCAUUCUAUGCAAACGAACAAAAUAUGAUGAACGUGACAAAAUAUGAUGAACGUGACUUACAACAAAAAGAUAAAGCGUUCUGUGCCAUACCGCGCACCUUGUCCACGAUAUCGAGAAGCCUUUUCUGCCAAGCAUCUGGCUUAAAAUUGACUCUCUUGUCUGAAGUCGCGCCCGUUGUGCGCUCGAGGUCUCCUCCCAUGAACUUCAGCUGGAAGUCAAUCUCGGCAUCAGUCGGCACCUGAUAAUGCGCUGCCUGGUGAAUGCAUAUCGAUCCUUCUGUUACUGUUCUAACCUUGAAAUGAAUGACCUCCUUGGCCCGUUUGACCCUGAACUGAUCGAGAUCGACGCUCUGACUCUACCACAGCACAACAGAACUCUGCAUCGCAUGUGGUCACGUUUUUCUUUUGUUGGCUAUCCUACGGGGGUUGCUGCAGUCGCCGAGUGAGCCUCUGUGGCCUUUCCCGUCUUCUUUUCUUUCUGCUUUGGGACUUUGCCUUUCUUUUCUUGACGCUUGCCGUCUUUCUCGCCCUUCAAGGGUGGGGCUGCCGCCUGCUUGUUUCUCUUCCACGCCUGGAAGAAAGCAACACUGAACAAACUUCGACAUCUAUCCUUCAUUCUUUCCAGUUACGAGAAAAAGGUGCUUGGCGCUAUCUCGCAUUCCAAGGGAGAGGAGAAUCUCCUGAAGUGUAGAGACGUCCUUGCCGUCGAUGACGUCUACAGGAAAAAAUUGCGCAAGAUUGUUGUCUUGGCGCCAAUGCAUAACGUAUCAUACCAAUGUAUGCGUUGAAGAUGUCGUGAACCAAACGAAAGAGCAGACAUACUGCUCGUCUUACACCGCUUCGCUUGGAGGGCGUCGUGAUGUUGCUUGGCCUCAUCUGAUGGAGUGAGCUGCAGGAGCACUUUGCUAUCUUGAUCAGCACCUUCAUCUGAGACUCGGGGAGUUUCAAGAGGUUCGUUAUGGCCGGGAAAUCGUUGAACGCGUCCAUGACACGAUAGUAUCCCGCCGUUUGAUUGAGCAAACUAGUGCAAAAGACAUCGGGGUCCGUGAUGGACCCGAGCUUUUCCACCUGAAGCAGGACAGGUAAGGCUGCCUGAGAUUCCAGGAAUCUAGAACUUACAGCGGCGUCGAUCUCCUUGAUCUGCACCGAGUCCGCAGCUUUCAUUUUUUCUCGUUGAGCCUGAACUACAGAAGCACCUUUUACAACUCCAAAUGUUGCCAAGAGCUGCUUCCUUCUUGCCUGUUCUGUCCUUUCAAGGAUCUCCUUUGCCUUUGAACUCAUUUUGGGCUUCUUUUUCUCGUCGUCGUCUUCCGGCUUACUUCCUGUUAUCCAGCUACAGUACAUUCAAUUAAUCGGCCAUCGCUUCCGGUCUCUCGUACCCUCUUUUCGUUGCACGAUCGGGUGGUGAAGCUUGUCAGCUCCCGUGAGGGAUUUUGCGUAUGCAUGCAGCGUGGUUUUUCCUCUUUGCUCCCUGACAGGAUAGGAUACGAGGGGUUGACCCAUUCUUUCAGGUAUCGAAGGAAGAGGGACCUUUUGAGCUUGAAUUUCAUCAACGCUUGCCUCCGCUCAGCAUCUGCACCCACAUAUGGCAUGGACAGGCGCACGUCAUCCACCCAUGUGCUUGUCUUUGUGCGGCUGCCUGCCUGCAGCCUGCCUGAUUUCAGCUUCGACAUCUUCUUCUUCAGCCACUCGGGAAGUUCCUCCUCUUUUUCAGCGUCCUCGCGGAGGAUCUGGUGACCGAUAUGCGAAUGAAGCGCACCCCUAAUUGCGACCUUUCACUUCGUACUUCGUAUAUUGGGUCGACGAUGUUCGGCUCAGGUUGCCAGUCUUCAUCUCGGAAGAGAGGUUGCUGUGCAGCAGAGGAAAUGACAUGCUGCGUUCGUUCAUUUGUGUCUUGUAGUACCUCGGCUACAUCAAGAGCACUGUCUUCGAUUUCAAGCGUCCCCGGAAGCUGAUUUGACACCAGGAAGCCUUCGAGAAAUGUCGAACGCAUGGCAAGGAUGGCCUGACUUCCGCCAGCUGUCGAUGGAGGGGGAGGGAGUGAGGGAAUGGAAGCCAAAGGGAGGACCUUCGCCAACGGUCGGAGGUCGAGGGGGAAGAAGCUCGCCGAGAAGCCCAAUCUCUUCGUUCUCUCCACAGACAUCAUCAUUUGCCAUGCCCAGUCGAGCAAGGACACCUCGGAGCCGGACAUGCCGAAGAAUGACGAGUCGAUGCACCUGCAGACAACCCAUCUAUGUGCAACAACACAUCAACGACGACCCCCUUACCAGUCUUGCGUGUGUGUGUCCUCUGAGACACGCUGCGCGAUCACCACCAUGGUCGUUCGGAAGAGGCGGCUAUCAAAAUAGUCACACACCUGUACAGCAGAGGCAGAGCACCGCGCGCUUUCUCGUGGUGAUUCAUGCCUUCCUUACGUCAGACACCGCUGAUAGAAGGUGGUCAUGUGCGGCUUCCCGUCCAGUCUGUCGCCUUUCGAUGGCCGUGAACAUUGAGGAGAUCUGAACAGGCAAACCUGAUAUCGUUGACAGGCACUGGGGUAAGGGGUCCGUUCCGUACCUCCGACAGCCGUUUCGUCGUUGCCUCGAAGAAAGUCGACAACAGAGUGUCCUCUAUGUCUUCGUAGAAUCUCCAGUCCGACUUGGUGCAGGUGCUGUGGCAUCUGCAUGGCCACAACCGCGCAGCGCAUCCAUUCGCAUGUGCUGGUUUCGUUUCGUUGUGCCACCUACCUCAUUUGGAGAGGCAUUGACUGGAGGAGCCAGUCGUGGAGCAGGAGAAGCUUUCCAAUUAUCGCAGUGAGGUAGCGAAGUCCUUGUUGCCCCAGAACAGUCAGAAGCGAUUCUUCCUCGUCAUCAUCCUCAUCCCCUUGCCCGCUCUCGGAAGUAGCUUCUUCUGCAUCGUCAUCGUCACCGAGCAACUCCCUCAGCCAGUCGACGGCGAGAAAGCUCCGCAGGCCAGGGCGAAAGCGGGAGGCCUCCGUUGUAUUUGAAGGAAAAGACUGACCCAGCUCUUGGAAGAACUGAUGCAGCAGCCGAGGGGCUGUCUCCUCCGCCCCGCCACCAUUGAGCGAGUCGACGCCUGCCCCGUGAGCCGUUUCUUCCUCUUCGUCGUCAGCAGAGCCGCUCUCAAGCCGCCUCUUUGUUGCCUCGACAUAGCGUGGAAGGAAGGACUGGAGGUUGUUGUUGAGGACAGGGUGACCGAAGUCAACUGGAAGGGUGUGGGCCACCACUCUUCUCCCUUGCCGCUCGAUGUCAUAAAACAGCGCCACCGACGUGCCUUGGGUGAGGCAUGCAACAAGGAAGCCCCAUGGAAUCAGGAACGGGCACGGUUGGUCCUCAGGGAAGGAGGAUGCGGUGAGAGGGGUGUUGGGAGGGGGAGGGUUGCCCACAUAGGGGUCGUCGCCGGAUAAGACGAAUGCGGGGUGCCAGUCAUUGAUGUACCGAUGCCAGUCCUCGCCAUACCAGUCGUAGAAUACCAGAGGCUCCAGCUGGUAUCGACGACAGUGCAGCAGCACAGCCUGCCGCAAGCACCACAGCGCCAGGUGAUCGCAGAAGUGCCACUCGAAGAUGUCAAAAAACACCAGCCGGAAGACGCACCCACACUCCUUCAGGUUCGCAAGGAACCUCUCGAACUGAUAUAUCACCACCAAUGGCUGGAUCUCCCAGAGUGACUGAUAACUGCGGCACCAGAUGCUCCGCAGCAGGUGCACCAGCAGAGCUUCGCCAUGGACGAGGAACAGGUUCGUGCCCCCCAGCUCGCUGACUAUGUCGGCCUUCUUCCCACUGGGCCACAGCCCCCGAUGCCUGCCGACAUUGAUUGCACACAGCAUGCAUACAAACACAACCGCGCCGGUAGCAGGUCUGUGACAGUACCGCAGGAGAGAGAGGGGGACCGGUUCGCCAGCGGGAAUCGACAGGCUGUUGACAUACACACAGAUGACACACGUCAAUGAUACAACACAGGAGGAGAGCGCUGUAGGUAGGUGUGCGUAGGUGAUGUGUGUGUGCUGUACAGGGUUGAAGCAGAGGUCUCAACGAUCUCUUCCUCGACGAAUGCUUCCUCUGCUUCGAGAAAUGCGUCCUCUGGGGCAAAGUCAAUGUCGAUAUCGACCUCUGGUAUGUCCUCGUCCAUUCUUAUGCCUUCCGAAGCGCCCAAGCGGCUGAUCCGGCCAACCAACGAAUGCACUCACCUCACGCUACACGAGCUGAGAAGAGCAAUCAAAUUGGGAUGAAUGUGCCGCUGCACUGAUCUGCAGGCUGCGGAUGAUGG